GCUCUGUCAUGCUAGGUUGUCCCUCUCUCUGGGUAAAUAACAAACCACCCGCCGUUAGCUGAAGUGACCCGGAUCCAGCUGAGCAGGUCUCCCGGGUCUGAGCGGGACUCCCGGAGCUGAGCAGGUCUCCCGGGUCUGAGCAGGACUGAGCAGAACCGUUCGCUGCUCUGGAGGUGGCUGGUCCGGGUCGGAGUGGACCCGCCGCGGCUCCCUCGGCGAGGCUCCUCGUUAGCGGCUAAAGCAGCUAGCAAGCUAACAGCCGCGGAGCUCGAGGGAAGUGGACCAACAAGUCCCGGACCAACAAGUCCUACACCGGGUACGUUCCGGAUCUCAAAGCUCCCGGACCGGAUAAGUUCCAGACCCGACGAACCCGGCAGUGGACAAGUACCAGAUUACAGAACUCCUGGACCGAGUAAGUCCCGGACCGGAACCGGACCGCUCCCAGACCGACCCGCUGCUUACAAAGCAGCGUGUUUAGGGGAACUAAUGCCCGACUGACCCGAACAGACACCCCGAACACGAGGUCCUCUGGAGUCCGGGUCCGGAAGCAGUCAGAGUCUGGAACCGGGACCGGGAGCCAUUAUUAGAGUCCGGAUCCGGGACCAGGAGCCGGGGCUGGCCCUCAGUUGAUGACCCAUCCAGCGACACAGAGCGGCCCCCCCAGCAGAAGCCCCGGAGCAUGCAGGGUCCGUAGGACGGGUCCGUGAGGGGGGCGUUACGUCGGACGGUUCGGAUCGGUUUGGUGGUCUGCCAGCAGGAACUGAGACAUGAAGAAGUUCUCCAGGAUGCCCCGGUCCGAGAGCGGGGGUCUGGGGGGCGGAUCCGGCUGCAGCUCCGGAUCCGGGGUCCACAGCUACCUGGGCAAGGUGUUCGCAGUGGGCCGGUACCAGGUGACCGUGGAGGAGCUCAUCGCAGAGGGGGGCUUCUCGGUGGUCUUCCUGGCCCGCACGCACAGCGGCGUCCGCUGCGCUCUCAAACGGAUGUACGUCAACAACGUCCCCGACCUGAACGUGUACAAGAGAGAGAUCACCAUCAUGAAGGAGCUGUCGGGCCAUAAGAACAUCGUGGGCUACCUGGACUCCAUCAUCAGCUCGGUGUCGGACAGCGUGUGGGAGGUGCUGAUCCUCAUGGAGUACUGUAAAGCCGGCCAGGUGGUGAAGCAGAUGAACCAGCGGCUGAGCGUGGGCUUCAGCGAGGCCGAGGUCCUCCACAUCUUCUGCGACACCUGCGAGGCCGUGGCCCGCCUGCACCAGUGCAAGACCCCCGUCAUCCACCGAGACCUGAAGGUGGAGAACAUCCUGCUGAACGACCAGGGGAACUACGUGCUGUGCGACUUCGGCAGCGCCACUCACAAAGUGCUGCUGCCACAUAAAGAGGGAGUGAGCGCCGUGGAGGACGAGAUCAAGAAGUACACCACCCUGUCGUACCGGGCGCCCGAGAUGAUCAACCUGUACACAGGAAAAGCCAUCACCACCAAGGCCGACAUCUGGGCGCUGGGAUGCUUGUUGUACAAGCUGUGUUUCUUCUCGCUUCCGUUCGGGGAGAGUCAAGUGGCCAUUUGCGACGGAACCUUCGUGGUUCCGGACAACUCCAGAUUCUCCUUCAAGCUGCACUGCCUGAUCCGAUACAUGCUGGAGCCGGACCAGGAGAAGAGGCCGGACAUCUACCAGGUGUCCUACUUUGCCUUCAAGCUCGCCGGGAAGGACUGUCCCGUGCCAAACCUCUUUAACUCUCCCAUCCCGACGUCGCUGCCGGAGCCGCUCACGGCCAGCGAGGUGGCGGCCAAGAAGAGCAUGACUAAAGCCAGGAUCACCGAUGCGGUGGGCCCCACCGAGACGUCCAUCGCGCCCAGGCAGAGGCCCAAAGCGGCCAACAGCAACGCGCUGCCGCUGGCCAACACCGUCACGCCCGUCAAGAUGACCGUGCCCGCCGCCGCCGCCGCGCCCGUCAGCAACGGGCAGAAAGCUCCCACUCCCGGAUCGGCGGCGCCGCCGCUGCAGCCCCAGGCCGGCAGCCAGCAGCACCGGGUGCUGCAGCAGCUGCAGCCCGGAGACCUGCGGCUGCAGCAGCUGCAGCAGCAGCAGCAGCACGCCACCGCGCAGCAGUUCCAGUACCUCCAGUACCAGCAGGCCGUGCAGCAGUCCCUGCAGCUCCAGCAGCUCCAGCAGCAGCAGCAGCAGCAGCAGCACAUGAUGAUGCCGCCUCUGUACCAGCAGCAGGUGGCGCAGGCGCAGUACGCCGCCAUGCUGCAGCAGUACCAGCAGGCGUUCGUCCAGCAGCAGCAGCAGCAGCAGCAGCCCCCCCUCCCCUACAUGUCCUCCCCUCUUGACUUCCAGAUCCCUCUGGGCUCCUUUAACGCCGCCUCGCUGGGAGCAGGGCCGGCUCCGGUGGGGGGGCCGUCCCCCGUGGGGGGGGCGUCUCCAGUGGAGCCCCCGUACUCGAACCCCAGCAGGAGCCCCCUGCUGGCCACAGAGGAGAUGGCCCCGCCCCCCCACAGCUGCGGCAGUGCGGUCAGUAACCCCCCCGACAUGUCGGGCUGGAACCCCUUCGGGGAGGACAACUUCUCCAAGCUGACGGAGGAGGAGCUGCUGGACCGGGAGUUCGACCUGCUCAGAGCCAAGAAGCCCGCGGAGCCUCCGGGCGGCGUGGACGUGGACCGACCCGCCGCCGCCGCCCCCGCCUCCGGCCGGCCCCCGUCACAGGACCUCUUCGGCUCCAUUCCUUUCGUGGCCAACGCAGGUCUGGCAGUACCGGCGGCCGAUCAGACCGCUGAGGAGGCCACCGCCGCCGCUCCACCUGGAGAGGACUCGAGGCCGACGGCGGCCAAGGAGCCGCGGUCCGUGAAGAAGCACACCUGCAGACCAGGUGAAGAGUCCGAGAGCGACUUCGAGUCCGACCCCCCGUCGCCAAAAAGCAGCGAGGACGAAGACCCGGAGGAGGACGAGGCCCUGAACAGCGAGCACGGCGACGACACCGAGCCGGAGAACCUGGGACAGCGGCCGCUGCUGAUGGACUCGGAGGACGAGGGGGACGAGGACGAAGACAAGCACAGCUCCGACUCCGAGUCCGACCGCAGGAGAGUCAAGAGCUUCUCCAAGAGAGCGGGAGGCGGCGGCGGCGGACGUCCUCCGGCGGCGUCCGGCACGGCCCUGAUCACCCCGCCCGAGUCGCCCGGCGGAGCCGGAGCCGUGGCGGCCGUGGACGCGUUCGGCGCCGUUCCGUUCCUCCGGUCGGCCUCGCCCGCCGCUCCCCCAGAGACCGCCGACAUCUUCGCCAAAGCGCCUUUCAGACAAGUCAGUCAGGAGGAGCGGGCCGCGGACGACUUCGACGUUUUCACCAAAGCGCCGUUCAGCCGCAACCUGUCGAAGACGGGCAGCGUGCCGGCGGGCCAGACGCCGCCCGUGUCCCCCGAGGCCAUCGACGUCUUUGGCUUCUCGCCCUUCCAGCCGGGGCCCGGCGGACCGCCGCCCGCCACCUCCCGGAGUGCCGAAGACAUCUUCCGCUCGGCGCCGGACGAGCCGGCGAGUCCUCAGCAGCAGAGACUCAAGCAGCGCAGCCUCCAGAAGCUCUCGUCCCGCCAGAGGAAAACCAAGCAGGAGCCCGCGGCGGGCGGCAGCAACGGCAAGCGCCACCACGGCACGCCCACCGGGGGGCGCAAGGGCGGCAAGCCCACGUACCGCACGCCGGAGCGAGUCCGGAGGCACAAGAAGGCCGGGCGCCGAGACUCGCAGAGCAGCAACGAGUUCCUCAACACGUCGGACUCCAAGGAGAACAUCAGCGUGGACGUGACCAUGGCCGAAGGCGACGAGAAGGGCGCCGCCCUGCCGGGGGACGAGCCGCUCCUCGACCCGUUCGGGGCCAAACCCUUCCACCCCCAGUACCAGGCCUUCGGCGAGGGGAGGAGCGAGCUGGCCUCGGCCAACAGCAAGUCCUGGUCGGGCUCGCUGCACGGGCUGCUGGCCGAGAGCCGCAGCAUGGACGACUUCGGCGCCGUUCCCUUCACCGAGCUGGUGGUCCACGGCGGCCCCCAGCAGCAGGCGGCGCCCGGCGACCUCGACCCCUUCGGAGCCGCGCCUUUCCCCUCCAAGCAGUGAACUCUCCAGCGUCUUCCAGCCUGACGUCCCCCGGCAGGGGGAACUCGCCACUUCUGAGCUCUGUUGGUUUGGAUUUUUUUUUUUUUUUUUUCCCAGAAACCAUUGCUAAUGGUGUCCUAACCCUUCUUUUAAGGACCUUUUUAGUACGUAUGUACGCUUGAAUGAGAAAACUCAAAUCCUGUGGAGCUUGUUGUCGUUUCCACAUAUCUUUCAGCUGUAGCCGUUUGCUGAAAAGCCUUUAUGCUGCAUCACAGCGAGGGAAAAGGAGAA